GGGCAAAAAAAAGGGAAAAAAAGGGAGACGAGUCAAGCUAUGCUAUCCCAUUUAUCAUCUGCCUCACUUCCACUAAAACCCUCCACCGUCACCGCCACCGCCUUCCUCCGCCUCUCCUCCCGCAACCUCCGCUUCUCUUAUUCCUCCUGCCCCAUUUUUUCUCCUUUUUUCCGCUCCCGUCCCUCCCUUUGCUCCAAACUUUCCCGUUCUUUUCAUUUCCGCCCCGGUGUUUCGUCGGAAUCUGCUUUCUCCCCCUCCAGAUCCAUGGAGGCGUCGCCUUCGGCCGAUGCUGCCCCGACGGUGGAGUCUUUGGCGGACGGGCUGAGGAAUCAGAGGCUGGGGAGCGAGAAUAGGGUUUUGUUGAGGCUUGAGGAUCUGAAUUGGGACCAUUCGUUUGUUCAUGAGUUGCCUGGUGAUCCGAGGACCGAUCCGAUUCCGCGGCAGGUAUUGCAUGCUUGUUAUACAAAAAUAUCCCCAUCAGCUGAAGUGGAGAAUCCUCAGCUUGUUGCAUGGUCAGAAUCAGUUGCUGAGUUGCUUGAUUUGGAUCCUAAAGAAUUUGAACGCCCAGAUUUCCCACUAAUUUUUUCUGGGGCAUCCCUUCUUGUGGGAGGGUUGCCCUAUGCUCAAUGCUAUGGAGGUCAUCAAUUUGGCAUGUGGGCUGGUCAGUUAGGUGAUGGUCGGGCCAUAACACUAGGAGAGCUUCUGAAUUCCAAGUCCGAACGAUGGGAAUUGCAGCUGAAAGGUGCUGGUAGGACUCCAUACAGCCGGUUUGCAGAUGGCCUUGCAGUUUUACGAAGUAGCAUUCGAGAAUUCCUUUGUAGCGAAGCAAUGCACAGCCUUGGAAUUCCAACAACACGUGCACUUUGUCUUGUGACUACUGGGAAAUAUGUCACCCGGGACAUGUUUUAUGAUGGCAAUCCAAAGGAAGAACCUGGUGCAAUUGUUUGUAGAGUUGCUCAAUCCUUUUUGCGAUUUGGUUCUUACCAAAUACAUGCUGCUAGAGGGAAGGAGGAUCUUGGCAUUGUUCGUGCUUUGGCAGACUACACUAUUAGGCAUCACUUCCCUCAUAUCGAGAACAUGACCAGGAGUGAGGGUUUAUCUUUCAGCACAGGAGAACAAGAUGAAUCAAUUGUGGACUUAACUUCAAACAAGUAUGCUGCUUGGUCGGUGGAGGUGGCUGAACGUACUGCUUCCUUAGUUGCAAGCUGGCAGGGGGUUGGUUUCACCCAUGGCGUGUUGAACACUGACAACAUGAGUGUGUUGGGUCUCACCAUCGACUAUGGUCCAUUUGGGUUUUUGGAUGCUUUUGAUCCCAGUUACACUCCAAAUACCACAGAUCUUCCAGGUCGAAGAUACUGUUUUGCAAAUCAACCUGAUAUUGGUUUAUGGAAUAUAGCUCAGUUCACAUCAACCCUAGUGUCUGCUGAGUUGAUAAAUGAUAAGGAGGCAAACUAUGCCAUGGAAAGAUAUGGAACCAAAUUUAUGGAUGAGUAUCAAGCUAUAAUGACCAGAAAACUUGGCCUGCCAAAGUAUAAUAAACAGUUGAUCAGCAAACUUCUUAACAAUAUGGCUGUUGAUAAAGUCGAUUAUACAAAUUUCUUUCGCUUGCUUUCCAACAUUAAAGCUGAUCCAACGAUUCCACAAGACGAGUUGUUAACUCCACUGAAAGCUGUUCUGUUAGACAUCGGCAAGGAACGCAAGGAGUCUUGGAUUAGCUGGGUGCAAUCCUACAUUCAGGAGUUGGCUGCUAGUGGAAUUUCAGAUGAGGAGAGGAAGGCCUCAAUGAAUUCUGUUAAUCCCAAAUACGUUCUCAGGAACUAUCUAUGCCAAAGUGCCAUAGAUGCGGCUGAACAAGGUGAUUUUGGAGUGGUUCGCAGGAUACUGAAAAUUAUGGAACGCCCAUAUGACGAGCAACCAGGAAUGGAGAAAUACGCUCGGUUGCCCCCAGCUUGGGCUUAUCGGCCAGGUGUGUGCAUGCUUUCCUGUUCUUCGUGAACUGCUCGCUACAAUUACACAAAUACCAAAAACAAAAAAAAAAGGAAAAAAGGAAUGUAGGUUGCUGUAUAUAACAGUUAAAUCGAAGGUUUUUUCUUAUGUAAUAAACCGCAGUUGUAUACAUUCCACUGUCUUCUUUAUUCAGUGAAUGCAUUUAGUGUAAUACAGUUGGAAGCAGAUACAUAUACUCUCUUUUAAGUUAA